AUGCCUGCCAAAUGGGAAGAAAUCGCCGCCGCCAAGCGCGCAAAGCUGGCCGCUGCCAUCCCCAAGGAAUACCUCAUCCCGGAAUCGGAGCUUCCUCCCGCUUCUCGCCUGGACGUCUCCAAGGUUCCCGAGGAGAUCCUCCCCAAGGAUGUCAUUGAGAUCACCGAGAAGACCGGAACCGAGCUUGUGGCUGCUAUCGCAAAGGGCGAGUACACCUCGGUCGAGGUCACCACUGCCUUUAUCAAGCGUGCGGUGCUGGCUCAUCAGCUCCUCAACAUCUUCACCGAGUUUUUCCCCGAGAUGGCGCUCAAGCGUGCUGCUGAGCUCGAUGAGUACUACAAGAAGACCGGUAAGACCGUCGGACCGCUCCACGGACUUCCCAUGUCUCUCAAGGAUCAAUUCCGUGUCAAGGGAAUUGAGGCGUGCAUGGGAUACGUUGCCUGGGUUGGCAAGCCCGACGAGGAGAACUCUACCAUUGUCGAUCUCCUGCUGGCUGCCGGUGCCGUCUUCUUUGUGAAGACCAACAUUCCCACCAGUUUGAUGGCCGCCGAGACCCGCAACUGCGUCUUCGGCCAGACCGUCAACGCUUACAACCGCACCCUUGCGCCCGGUGGAAGUUCAGGCGGUGAGGGUGCUAUCCUGUCAAUGAGAGGUGCUACCAUCGGUAUUGGCACUGAUAUCGGUGGAUCUAUCCGUAUCCCGUCAUCUUUCAGUGGAGUCUAUGGUCUCCGUCCUUCACAUGAGCGAUUCCCUUACCUCAAGGUUGCCAACAGUCCUCCUUCACCUGAAAUACUAACAAUCAAUGUGAAGAUGGCAUACAACGAGGUUGUCGUCUCCGUCGACGGUCCUUUGGCCGUCUCUCUUCCGGAUUUGACUCUUUUCUCCAAGGCCCUUCUGGGACAGGAGCCCUGGAAGCACGAUCCCCGAUGUGUCCCUAUUCCAUUCCGAGACUACGAGCUUCCCAACCGUCCCCUCGUCUUUGGAAUCGAGGCUACAGACGGUAUCUUAACCCCUCACCCUCCUGUCCUGCGCGCUAUGAAGAUGGUCGCCGAUGCUCUGACCAAGGCCGGUCACGAGGUCUUUGAUUUCCAGUCGUACAAGCCCGAGACUGGUACCGAGAUCCUGGUGCGUUCCUGGACCGUCGAUGGAGGCGAGAACAUCCGCGGCGAUCUGGAAGCGUCAGGCGAGCCUGGUAUCCCCGACAUCGCGCCGUACAUUGAGAAGGACCUGAAGUCUCUUUCCCAGAAGGAGCUGUUUGAGCUAAACAAGGACAAGCUCGAGUACAAGACCGAGUUCUUGGAGUACAUGAACGCGGCCAAGUCUCCCAGCGGCAAGAAGAUCGACGCUUGGAUCCGCCCUGUCCAGCCUUGCGCUGCUGUUCCUGCUGGUCAGCUCAAGCUCCGAUACUUGGGCUACACCGGUCUUCUCAACGUUCUCGACUACACCUGCGUCGUUGUCCCUGUCACCAAGUGCGACCCGGCCAUCGAUCUCCCUGCGCCCGCGCCUGGAACCGGAUCCGACGCCGAGCUCGAGAAGAAGGUGUGGGAGGACUACGUGCCUGAGGAUUUCAAGAACGGCUCAGUCGGUGUGCAGAUCAUUGGUGGCCGUCUUGAGGAGGAGAAGAUGCUCGCCAUCGCCGGUGUUGUCGAUGCCGCUCUCAAGGCUUAA